CCUACAUAGCAGGAUAAAAUAAUUAAAAAGGACAAAUAGACCACACACAGCUUUCUUUUAUAGAAGAACCUCUGCCAACGAUAUUAACCAGAUUUUUCCAGUACCGAGUAUUACAUCAGUAACCAUUAAAAGAUGGACACCAAAAAAAAAUAUGCAAAAUAUAUUAACUAUAAACUAAUGAAAAUGCUUGGAUUUUAUCAGCUAUUGAACCCCAAAGAAUCGUAUACGGUUUUGGGUUACAAUUUUUAUCAAUUCCUUUACGUUUUUCCGAUACUCAUCGAGUUGAUCAUCAUUGGUUUUGGCGUUAUCGGUCUCUAUUAUUGGAUGAAUGACAUAUCCGUGUGUACCCAACUUCUACUUGUUAUGUCACCUUGUUUCGCGAUAAUAUGCAUGGCCAUUCGAUUUGCACAGAAGUACCACGCCUUGAAAGAAUGUUUCGAGGUGACAAAGGAAGAUUUUUUAUCUGAUGACAACUACAGCAGAGCUAUAUAUGAUUCUUACAAGAAAAUAUGUAUUAAGGUCACUAAUAUUUUUGCGCUAUCGUGGUUUUUUGUGUGGGUAGCUUGGAUAACCAGCCCAAUUUUGAUUGUGGAAUAUCCUGCGAAAAACUUGGAAGGCGAACUACUGAUCUACCGAAACAACGUUCUUAAUGUGAUGUUUAGCCUUAUACCGGUGGCUCACUACAACAAUCUGUACGAGCUUUUUUACACACUGGAAGUGAUUUCCGUCUCCCACAUAAUGACAAGUUAUGUUGUAUAUGAAACACUCUUGAUUACGUUUUGUUGGAUGAUAUCAGCACAACUAAAAACCGUUGCUUCUAAAUACAGCGCUUUUGGACAUGACACCUCUUUGACAACCGACACCCAGGACAAUGAGCCGACUGAAACCGAUAAAUUGGUUAAAAUUAUAUCUGAUCACCAAAGAGUUAUAAAAGUAAUGAACACGUUUUACGAUAUUGCCAAACCACUCUCAAUUAUUCAAAUAGGAAUUAAUGCUAUCAUAUUCAUUAUUUGUACAUAUAUGAUUGUUUUGAAUUAUUUUGAUGGUUCACCCGUGUUAUCUAUAGCGUCAAUUAAAUGGAUGUCAUCCGCUUUGAUUAUAAUGUUCCACUUGUUCACUUAUUGCUAUUUUUUUGGAUACCUCGAUGAUCAAAAAAAAUCAAUAAAUUUUUCCUUGUACAGUAGUAAUUGGUUCCAAGAGGAUAUUGGUUUUAAAAAGUUAGUUUUGUUGGCCAUGACUAUGAACAAUGCUAUUAAUAAUACUUCAAUAAAACUGUCACCUAUUAAAAUUGUGAAUCUAGAGUUGUUCUCAAGUGUUAUGCACACAUCCUAUUCGAUAGUGUCAGUUUUCGCAAAGAAAAGCCGUUAACUAUUUAUUAAACGAUAUAAAUAAUAAUCAUUCGACAUUGCACUUACAUGGA